UGUCAUAGAACGUCAUACAGUAUGGCUGUAACCGGCAGAUACUGUUUGUCAUGUUAGCCAAACUUUUCGUGGUACAACCAAAACAGACAUUUUUCGAAAAGCAUGUCUGUGUUUUGUCUUGCGUUACUUUGCAUUGGGCUUAGUGGUUCAUCCGCAUUCGCUAUUCCGAGGAUUAAUACAGAUAAAAGGAAUGACAGACCAAUUAUUGGUGUCUUGGCUCAAGAGGUGUACAACCCACCGCCAAAGCAGAACUCCUACAUCGCUGCAUCUUACGUGAAGUUUCUGGAGGCUGCUGGAGCGCGAGUGGUUCCUGUGCUGAUUAAUCAAAACGAAGAGGAAUACAAACAACUGUUCAAGUCUAUCAAUGGCAUACUGUUGCCUGGUGGUGGUGUCGAUCUUGUGUCCUCGGGCUAUGCAAAAGCAGCCGGCAUCUUCUACAGACUUGCUAUUGAGGCCACUUCCCAGGGUGACUACUUCCCCGUGUGGGGAACAUGUCUGGGGUUCGAGCAGCUCUUGGUCCUGACCUGUGGGGAGAAUCUUCUCUCUCGAACCAAUACCUCUGGAGUUUCUCUGCCACUUCAGUUUACAAAGGAUGCGAUGGAAAGCAGACUGUUCAAAGAUUUCCCACCAGCUUUGAUGACGGCUCUGGCAACUGAAGACAUCACAGAGAAUUCCCACACAUGGAGCAUCUCCGUGGAGGCUUUCAUGAAGAACGAGGAGUUGAAAAAGUUCUACAAAAUCCUGAGCACUAAUACAGACGGGAAUACAGAGUUCGUUUCAACCAUGGAGGCCUACAGUUACCCUGUGUACGCAACCCAGUGGCACCCGGAGAAGAAUGCCUUUGAGUGGAGCAAACCGUACUACCCUCACACCCCCUCUGCCAUCGAAACCACCUUCCACAUGGCCCACUUCAUCGUCAACGAGGCAAAGAAGAGUUUUCAUUCCUUUGGCAGCAAGGAUGAGGAGCAGAAACAUCUGAUCUACAACUACAACCCAGUGUUCACCGGAGCCACCUUCCAGCAGAUGUAUUUCUUCGAAUAGACCUUUCUGUACUGUGCCUGAUGGCCAUGUCUCUGAUGUGUCCACACGUCUGUCUCUGGCUUAGUCUCCUGUCCGUCUUCGAUCGAUCACACUCCUGUGCCACUCCUAUUUUGAAUCAAUGUAAUGGUGGUGAUGAUGAUACAAAUGUGAUUCUUGCACUGGAUAACAACAACUUGACUUGAUUCUAAACUGAAUUAGGCUAUCUUGUACCUAUGAUACAUACUGAGUGUGUUAGUGUGAGUAUGAAUGUAGCCUAUUUCCAUUGUGAUCCUUGAUGUGAUCCUCAAUCAGAUAAUGAAUAGAUAUCUGUGGCUGAAAUGCAAUCUAGUUACAAAUUUAAAAAAGGUAAAUUAUUCACACAAAUGCCAACAUUUGUUGGUUGUAUAAUAUAAUAAAUAAAUAAAUACAUAAUACAUAUUAGAACAGAGAACUCUGCAGCCAGACGUUUUGCUCUACUGCUAUGAGAAUACAGAUCCAGCAGGACAGUUUGCCUGUACAGAGUGAUAUAACUCUUAACUGGAUUAAAAGUGGUUUAACUGAA